GGCGGGUGGCCGGGCGGGUCCCCCUCCGCCCCGGGGCGGGGCCGCCACGACCUUUCCGACCCCGGAGCGACCUGCGCUGCCGGGAAUUUCCCUGGCCCCGGGCUUGCUCACUUCCCCGCGCCGACCGGGGAUAAAAGCGGUUCUCCCGACUCCGGGAGCCACAGAGUCCGCUCGGCCAGCGCUCGCUCCCGCUCUGCAGCCGCCGCACCGCCGCCCCGACUCUCCGAGCUGAGCCCCAUGGCCCGCGCCGCCGCCGCCCCCCGCGCUCUCCGGCUCCUCGGCGCCGCGCUGCUGCUGCUGCUGCUGCUCCCCGCCGGCCGCCGCGCCGCAGGGGCGCCCGUGGCCGCCGAGCUGCGCUGCCAGUGCCUGCAGACCGUGCAGGGGAUUCACCUCAAGAAUAUCCAGAACGUCGUGGUGACGCCCUCGGGCCCCCACUGCGAGCAGACGGAAGUCAUAGCCACUCUCAAGAAUGGGCAGGAGGUUUGUCUCAACCAAGCUCCCCUGGUCAGGAGACUCAUCAACAAGAUGCUGAACAAGUGA